AUGAUCAGGCGGUCGCUGCUCGCGUGGACGUGGGCAUCAUGUUUGGGUGGCGGCGUCGCUGGUGCGCUGCGGUUUGCGGCGUACGAGUCGCAGGAUGAGGUGCUGGGAGGCGGAAGCCGCCUGUUGACUGCUGUCGAGCUGGAGACGGACGGUGCUGCAGUGUGGAACAAGGAGCUCGUCCAGCUCUUGAUUUCGUGUCAGCACGGCACGUUGCAGCUGGAACAAGAGGUGGAGCGGAGUCUGGUGGAUACGGCCUUCUUGUGUGAGGAUGGUGACACCCAAGUGAAGCGCUCGAUCGGGGUCCUUACGACGCCGCAGGAGGCGCAGCAGAUCCUGUCCUCGAUCGUCUAUCAGCCCGACGCAAACUACCGCAGCGCGUGGACCGACCCUCUGCCUACGACGGAGAGCGGGGGAAAUGAAGUUGUUCGCAUGCAGCUCUUGCCGGUGGGUAUCGAUGCCCCUAGGCCAUCGAAGGACUCGUGUGUUGCAGGUGAUAUGGUUGGUGUCUCUACUGACGAGGCGGAAGGUGGCAGUGCUCACGAAAAGAAAAUCUUCGUGAAGAGUGUGAAUGAUCCACAGAAAGUCGGACGAGAAUCUACCCUGGAACUGAAGUAUGGUGGCAGCUCGUAUCCUCCGGAUAUGCUGAUACGCGAAGCUAUUAUGGCUGUUGAAGACAUGGACAUGCUAAUUGGUGGAGAAAUUAACCUGGAUGCAUUUGCGGAUAUUAAGGUUGGUUCUACGAUUGGUAUACGUGCGCACAAUGGUGUUGUGUACUCUGUCGGCGACGGCAUACACAUGGACGCAAACAGCGAGCAACAGAUCAGCACAAGCGAUACCCAUUAUCUGCGCUCGGUCAUGUCGAAUUUGCGCCAUAUCCCCAACCCAGACUUCAAUGGCAUUGAUGAGAUCAACUUCAGCACCCAGGGCCAGACAAGUACUCUCUACAUUUACGUCCAGGCUAAAAACGACCCACCCAGGCUUGACUUUGACUUGAGCGAAAUGAACGAUUGGUACAAGUACCCACGAAUGUUUCUCCCGUCUUUCCAGCUGGAUGACCCGGACAAAGAUCAAACGUUUCAAGUUGAUAUCCGUGUUGAUAAUGGAACAUUUUUCGUGGAGCAAAUGUCUACCAGUGUGUUUGAUGGUGUGUCUGUGGAAUUCAACUCUUCAUCUUCGUCGCUGCGGCUGACGUCCGGGUUAGCCCGGCUUAACACCCUUUUCCAGCAGCGCCUGGUUGAGAUCCUCGCCAUCACAAAUAGCGGUGAUGCUGCUGAAGUUGUUCACUUGCACAUGGCGCUUGCGCCGCCGCUCUCAAGACAGAACGCUCUCUAA